AUGAAGAAAAAACUCCCAAGAAUCUCUAGGGCCAAAUUUGAAAACAUUGCCUACCUAACAUUAAAUGUGGUCAACAUGGUUACUUAUCUGAUGGUGUUUGCUGCUUCGAUCACUAAAGCGAAACAAGGGAGACUUGCUGAAAUUAUUGAAGCCAUCUAUUGCACGUUGAUGUGUUGUUUACUAAUCCUGCAUGAGUUCACAUCGCCUGCAUGGAUACAAAACUACUUUGGGUUUCUAACUGUGCAUCGAGGUAAGGGCAUGCUGAUGUUAUUUCUUGGUUGUAUAGUGAUGUGCGAAAUUGCAUUCAACAUUAUCGUUGCCAUCAUUGCAUUUACCAUUGGAUUUGCUUAUUUCAUCCUCUCACUGAUACCCACAUUACCACCGCCCAACAGCUUCUGGAUACACUGGCAAAAUCAUCGAGAUUUCUGGGCUGAAGGUUUAGAUUUGACGGUUCCUAAAAUACACACAACAACGCUUAUUGAUAACGAUGGCCACUUGCUGCAUCCUUGUGCUUGGCAUCCAUCAUCGUCCAAAAUCACGUCUGCCAACUCCACCAUGUACUAUCAGCAGCGACAAGAAGAUCCUCAACUCCUUGGUGCAUAUUACUAA